GUCAGCACAACAUAUGAGUAUUGCAGAGGUCAUGAACAGCCCCUUGCCGGUGGCUUCACCCACAGCAGUCUCGCCUUUACCUCCCGCUACUGAGAAGGUUGCGGAAAUUAUGGACAUGUUUCGACAGGCCUAUACGUCAUCGCCGGUCAUGACACCUCACCCAACGUUUGAAACUCUUCAAGAUGCUAUCAUCCGUGAAAUCAAUUCCCAUGACGCCUUCAAACGGUUGACAUUUCCCGAAACGGAAGGCUCUCUUACUCCCUCUCCCUCUCAGGAGUCGUUUGAUAAGGGUCUCAGCGUGCAGCUAUACCCUAAUACGGGAUCUGAAAGAGGUCCUAAUGCGAAAGAAGGUCAACUCCUCAAGUUGAUCCGAAAGAGUUCCUUUAGAAAGCAUAAAAGAAACUCGGAACAACGUAGGAGCAUCUCGACAAGUGUGCCAACGACAGCCAUACCUCAGGUGUCAGAAGGGACCAUUCGACGGAGGCACACCGAUGCCCCGUUACCAUCAGGCCAAGUCUUGAGCAAAGCAGUCGCGGGGGAGGACAGCCUUGAGGAACCUGAGAUGCCCAUGACCUACAUGGAUCUGCUGCUGCGGUCUGAGGAAGCUGCAUCUGACAUUGGCUCGAAGCAAGCCUGUCGCUUAUCUGGAAACACGACCCAGUCCACGCCCACACAGUCCCUUUCGUGCGAGAAGGCGGAUCGCUCCAGGCCGUCGCCAUCCAUUCUCUACAUGCGCGCCCACGGCUCCGAUUCCAUACAGGGAUCCCGAUCCAGCUUUUCAGAUGACGAGAGUGACGAAGAAAUCAUCGAACUACCAAGCCUCGAGCCUCCGGAAGUCAUUAUCCAUGGCAUCGACUACGAACAUGCGGCGGUCCCCACUGCGCAGAGCACAACUAUCAAAAGCCCUUACCGGAUCAUGAGCUGGCCGCGCAAACCCACCAACAACAUCUUGAACGUGAACUAGCUUUCUUCUCUCUCUUCUCUUCAAGCGCUUCUCUUCCAGGCUCCCGAGAUCCGACAACUCAAGCUGUCUGACCUACUAUCCUCCAUCCAUUCUUGUGGAGGGCAGCCCUUCUCAAAUGAGACCGUUUCAUGAUACCCAUCUAUAUGCAUGUCCACUAACCAUUUCUUCCCUCCUUCCUUGCACAGCUUUCACCCGAUUCCAAUCAUUUCUUCCUUAAAGAGAAACACGACGUUGUCUUUCUCACGAACGAGUGCUGCACAUGAUCCUUUUUACGGUCCCAAAAGCUGACUUGUCGUUACGUGCUUUCUUCUAGACCAUCUCUCCCUGCUAGUGCAGAGGAGUUGCCUCUGCUACCUACACUCAUUGUAUAGAUGCAUAAUUUCCUAUUAUACUUUCUUAUCUGUCUAUUAGCGCAACCAUCCAUCACUGCCUGCUGUCGUCGCUCAACAUCAUGUCUCUCCUUCUC